GCUAUAAAAUCUGGUGCCGGUGAGGCUUCUUACUUCACCAACAAUUAUUCUUUUGAGUCUCUCUUGCCAUUAGCUUUCGAGAUCUGUGCUCUGCUUUAAUCAUAUUUCCCAGUUGUUCAUCUGCACUUGGCGUAUUUUCCCAGAUGUUUUUCCACCAUCAAUGGCUGAAGCACUUGUUUCCGUGGUCCUAGAGCAGUUGGUUUCCAUCGCACGUAAACAGAUAGGAGAAGAGGUGAGGCUGGUCGUGAAUGUUGACAGAGAAGUUGAAAAUCUCAUCUUCCAUUUCAAUGCUAUUCAAGCUGUGCUCCAGGAUGCAGAGGAGAGGCAGGUGAAGGAGGCCCGCGUCAGAAACUGGCUGCGGAGUCUGGAAGAUGUGUCGUACGACAUUAACGAUCUGUUGGACGAGUGGAACACUGAAAUUCUCAAGCACCAAAUUGAGAAAGAAGAGAAAGAAGGUGUUGCCCUUACAAAAAGGAAGAAGGUAUGCCUCUUCAUUCCCUCCCCUAGCGUUUGUUGUGGUUGUGGUCCAGUUGAUAAAGUUGUUAGGCGUCAUGACAUUGCUAAGAGAAUAAAAGAAACACAUGAAAAGUUAACUGAUAUAGCCAAUUCAAAACAAAAUUAUAACUUUCAUGAGAACACAACUAGAGCAACUGAGAAACUUGAACGGGUUGAAACUUCUUCUUUUGUCGAAGUGUCUAGUAUAAUUGGUCGUGAAGAGGAGAAAAAAAGAUUAAUAAGCAUGUUGUUAAGCGAGAGCAGUCAACAAGAGAGGAGCCCAUUUGUUGUGAUCCCCAUUGUGGGGAUGGGAGGACUGGGAAAAACUGCAUUUGCCCAGUUAGUCUAUAAUGAUGAUGAAAAUAUAAAAACUCAUUUUGACACUAGAAUAUGGGUUUGUGUGUCAGACCCUUUUGAAGAGAUCAAGAUUGCCAGAGCCAUUGCUCAAGCUCUAAAUAAAGAUGAUAAUCGAAUUAAUUCAACUAGUUUGCAACCUUUGUUGGAAUGUAUAAAUGAAUAUAUUAGUGGUAAAAAAUUAUUCCUUGUUCUGGAUGAUGUGUGGAAUCCAACCAUUGAUAAUUGGGAACCAUUAAUGGGAGCUUUACAAAAUAGUGCUAUAGGCAGUAGAAUAUUGGUGACCACACGAAACGAGACGGUUGCUGCUGUGAUGGGAGCAACCGCUGAUCACGUAAUCCAUUUGAACAUCUUGAGUGAUCAAGAUUGUUUGCAAUUAUUCAAUAAAAUUGCUUUCUUUGAUAGAGAACGAGAUGAUCAGCUUGAAGAUAUUGGGAGAAAAAUUGUUAAAAAGUGCAAUGGUUUGCCUCUGGCUGCAAAGACUUUAGCUAGUCUUAUGCGAUAUAAGAAAAACAGACAAGAAUGGGUAGAUGUUUUGGAUAGUAAGAUAUGGGAUUUAAAAGAGAUUGAACAACAGGUUUUUCGAUCCCUAUUCCUAAGUUAUUAUGAGUUGACUCCGGCAAUUAGACGUUGUCUUUUAUAUUGUGCCACUUUUCCGAAAGAUUAUGAGUUUAAUAAGUAUAAAUUGAUUCAGUUGUGGAUGUCAAAUAACUAUCUUAGUACGGAAGGAGAUAAAGAAAAACAAACACUAAUAGGUGAAUGCUAUUUUGAUAACUUAGUAAUGCGGUCUUUCUUUCAAGAUUUUGAUAAAGAUAAGGAAGAUAAUAUUGUAGGCUGCAAAAUGCAUGAUAUUGUGCACGAUUUUGUACAGUUUCUGACAAAACAUGAAUGUAUUGUUAUGGAGGUUGGGUGUGACAAUGAGAGAAACAAGGUAUUGAAUGAUAAAGUUCGUCAUUUGUGUUUAACGUCCAUCUCAGAUGGAUCAUUUCCUGUUUCAAUUUACAGUUGCAAUAGAUUACGUACUCUUAUAGCUUCUGGGUUGGGACUUUCUGCAUUAAGCUCAGAUUUAGUUUUACAAUUGAAAUGCCUUAGGACAUUAGAUUUGAGUGACGGCUGGAUAACAGAUGUUUCUAAAGAGAUCGGGGUACUAAUACAUUUGCGGUAUCUUAAUUUAUCUUUGAAUCCUAAGUUGGAAGAAUUACCCGAUACUGUGGGUAAUUUAUGCAAUCUGCAAACAUUGGAACUCGGGUUUUGCAGUGCACUUAAAACACUACCAGUGACAAUAAGAAAGUUGAUUAACUUAAAGCACCUUAAUCUUGAGGGUUGCAAAAGUCUAAAAGUACCAAAAGAGAUUGGAAGAUUAAAAAAUCUGGAAACACUUCAUGGCUUAAUUCUCGACGAUGAUGUUGACGAGAAUAAAGGCUUGAUCAAGUUAGGGGAUUUGGGAAACUUGGAUCAGCUUCGAGAUAUUUGGAUACAUAACUUGAAGUCAGUGCAAGAUGUGAGUGAGGUCAAUAAGGCACUAUUUGUGAAUAAGAAAAACCUCAAUACUCUGCUUCUAAAUUUUAUUCAGUCAAUGUAUGUAAGUGAAAGCGAAGAAGGUGAGCUUCAGAGAGAAAUGGAUGAAAAAAUACUGAAUGCCUUUCAACCACAUACAAAUUUGGAGAGGUUAUUUAUCGGCAAUUACCACGGUCUCACUCUGCGCCUCAAUUGGAUGACGUCGUUGCUUAAUUUGAAAACGCUUGUAGUUUUUUGUCUUCCAUUUUGUGAGCUUUUGCCUCCUCUUGGGAAAUUGCCGUCCCUUGAAUCUCUUAGAAUAUGGUACAUGAGGAGUCUUAAAAAGUUGGGAGUUGAUUUUUUGGGAAUAGAUGGUCAAUUGGAAACGCCAUUAUUCCCGAAAUUGAAAAAGCUCUGGUUCAAAAGCAUGGUGAAGUGGGAAGAUUGGGAAGGAAUUGAAGGGCACAGGGAGGGAGAGGAUUCUGAAAUUAAAAUAAUGCCAUCUCUUUCAACCUUAAAAAUCAAGUCAUGUCCUAAUCUGAAAGCAGUGCCGGACUUCCUGUGGAAGACGCCGCUGCAGAAAUUAUUCAUUCGUAAUUGUGAGAAUAUUCUCCAAGGUUGCGAAACAGCGAGUGGCAGGCAGUGGGACAAGGUCUCUCACAUCCCAAACAUCAAAAUUAAUCAUAAAUAUGUACAAAAAAAUGGAGUUCGGAUGGAGCCAGAGACAACAGAGAUUUCAUGACGCUGAACUGAUGAAGAUGACGAUGAUGGGCUCUGCAAAUCUCAUCCACCACUUCCGUGGCUGCUGCAUCCUCUGUAAUCUUCCAACAGUGCAUAAUCUUCUGUGAGAAGAAGGUAAGUUUUUCCUGCUACAUUAGUUUCCUAGUCCAAAUCACUUCGUUUAAAUAUGUUUAUCCAACACCGGAGAAUUGAUGAUGAUGAUUAUGGGCUCUGCCAAUCUCAUCCACCUCCUCUGGUAAUCUUUUCCAUCACUGCAUAAUCUUCUACGAGAAAGAAGGUAAUUUUUCCUGCUAUAUUGUACUACAAUUCACUUGGAACGCCUACUAACUUGACCGUCGGAGUGUUUUCUUGCAGGUAUUCCCUCCUCCCUCGUGGUGUCCUGCUUCUCAAACACAAUUAGACUACACUAGACGAUUACUUGUCAGACAACCCGAACCAAAAAUAACUUCUCAUGGAAUGAGUGCCUCUGCUAGCGUAAUUAACUUACUCAAGAUGGACUUCUUGAUUACCUAUUUUCAUCACGUCUGUCAAAAUUGAGAUGAAGAUGGAGUUCUGAUGGAGCCAGCACAAUACAGAAUUCAUGAUGAUGAAGAUGGCAAAUCAUGGGAUCUGCCAAUCUCAUCCACCAUUUCGUUACAUGCUGACUCUAUUGUUCUUGAUUAUUUGAAUGAAUUAUUGUUUUCAUUUUCUA